AGAUACUCAUUCUUGUCUCAUAGAAAAUAUAUGCCAUUCUUCAAACAUCUCAGAGCUGACGAGCUUGGCCGUCAGCUCAUCUCGAAUGAAACAAUCCAAUGGAUCUCCUGCUUGACUCGAGCUUCUUAUCUGUGCAGCAGGCAGUUCAGAGCUUCCUGACAGACGAAGAGGCCAAUCAUAUAAGCGAGCAGUUCAGCGGGGAUUCAUGGCGACCCAAUCGUCAAGUGCUUUGGGAAAGUGUCCGUCAUCCCCUUGUCGAGCAAUGGGCCAGGGAUCAUGACAUGCAGACACUCACUAUCGCAUUAGGCCCACUGGCGGAACCAGGUCAUCCAAAGUGUCUGAGAGCCAAUAUGCCCAAAUCUCGAGUGAGCACUUUCAUGAAAGGAGCUGGUGCCCUCUUCACCUGGUUCAUAACACUGGGCAGUGAAGUCACAAUCAUAUGUCAGCCACCACCCGAUAGGUUCAACCCGAAGCAUGGGACCAAUUUCCAAGCGAAUGAGCUACCAAUUCUCAGGCGAGCAAUAGAAAACGCUUCCUUGGACGUCUAUAUGGUUCAUCCCGAUGUCAAAAGCGCCAUAGAGUAUCGUUAUCAGGUGUGGCCAAAGAACAAUACGCAAACAUGGAUCGAUAAAUAUGGGAAUGAAGCUUACAAUCCACAACCUUGGAGAAAAGUCGCAAAUACGCCAUUGCUUCUGAGCAGGCCUUAUUUUUCAAUUCGCCUAGAGAGUGACUCUGACGGUGUGAAGUUCGUGAUGCAACAGGUGAGUAAACUGUGACCAAGCCAUACCGGAGAGGCGCCGACUUGCGCCGGCGGGAACCACGCAUCUAGGUUACUGACUAUUGGAGCUACGAAGAGUGAUCCGCGAAACGCGAUACAGCAAUCACAAGGGAAUACAUCCGACCGACCAAGACUGCAAUUUGUUAUGAACGCUCACGAUGACACUGAGAUAAAUCGAACCGCCGCAUGCAGUAUUUGUAGCUCCUGCGCAGCACAGUCUGCACAGACCAAAGGCAAGGAGAAGGCGACCACAACCAUAGAACAAUCAUCACAAGUCCUGACUCUGGUUGAAAGCAACCUCCUGGUCGAUCUUACCAACCGAAAUCAACCCAGUGUACAUCAAAACGCCUCAAGCAGUGCCAGCAGCUCGAACGUACAGCCGGGGUCCUCGAAGCAGCAGCAGCAGCAGCAGCAGCAGCAGAAGCAGAAGCAGAAGCA